AGCUCAUUUAGUCUAAGAAAACAUUUCCUUAGAGCAUAGAUAAAAAAAAAAAAUUAAGAACAUGGGUGUCAAUGCUAAAAUUGAGGUCCCAGUCAUUGAGUUCUGUUCAUCGGAUUUAGAGCGAGGAACUGAUGGGUGGCGCCAUUUGUGCAAGAGGGUUCGAGAGGCUUGUGAAACUUAUGGUUGUUUUGAGGUGGUGUACCAAAGGGUAUCAAAAAAAGUCCGAGAGGAGAUGUUCGGGUUGGUGAAAGAAUUGGUCCAGGUCCCAUUGGAGAGGAAACAAAAGAACGCUAGUCCCUUGCCUUACCAUGGCUGGGUUGGACCAUGCAGUCAAGUUUCUUUGUUGUAUGAAGGCUUUGGACUUGGAGAUGCCUCUAAUUAUGACUCUGUUAAAAGAUUUGCUCAACUUAUGUGGCCUGAUGGUCACCCACGCUUUUGUGACACUGUACACACAUUGGCGACACAAAUGGAAGAGUUGAACAAGUUAAUUUGGUUAAUGAUAUUUGAAAGUUACGGAUUAGGAGAGAAACUUGAGUCACUAAUGAUAAACUAUAAAACAUUGGUGCGGAUGAUGAAAUACAUGGCACCUCCACCAGGGGAGUAUGAGAGUGGACUCUUUGCUCAUACGGAAAAGCCAGUUAGCACAGUCAUUUGUGAGGAUCAGGUUUCAGGGCUAGAAAUUGAGGUCAAGGACGGCCAAUGGAUCAAGUUAUCUAAUUUAUCUCCUUCUUCUUUUGUCUUCGUGGUUGGAGAUCCUCUCAAGGCAUGGAGUAAUGGGAGAUUGAAAGCGGUGAAUCAUAGAGUGAUGAUGAGCGGAGAUAAAGAUCGAUAUUCAAUAGCCGCCUUCGCCAUUCCAGGUGAGGGUACCAUAAUUAAGGCACCCAAAGAGCUUAUAGAUGAGCAACAUCCUCAGCUUUACAAGGACUUUAAUUUCAUGGACUUCUUUCGUUUUGCCUUUUCCGACCGCGCAAAGAACAUCGAAUCCGGCCAACAACUCCACGCCUUUGCUUCUCUCUCACCACCAAUUUCCGAUUAAAAACAUGCCCGCUUUGACAAGUUAAAGCCCGGUUUUCGCUCAAAAUUGAAGUUACAUAUAAUAAAUUGAGUCCUUUACCAUAUUACUAUAAUCAUGAUUUUCGUUCUUGUACUGUAUUACUAUGUUAUAAUUUGCAAUAAUCGCGCAAUUGUAUCGUGUUAAAUCUAUCAUGUAUUGUUGUUUAAAAAUUAUAAUAAUGCGCGUCGAUAUCUUGACCUCG